AUGAACAAGCUUCCAGUGAGGGCUUGCACAGCCAGUGCAUCCAGCCUGAGGCGAACUGUGUCAAGGAUCAGUGGCUCGGGCCUGCUGCCAAAUGAGAAGCAACGUGUAGAGAUCCGCGACAGCUCCACGGGCAACGCUCUGCCCUACAAUCAGAUACCUGGACCCAAGCCCCUACCCAUUCUGGGCAAUACCUGGCGAGCGCUCGGCGACCUUGUCACCCCCAACGACUACAUGCAGCUGGUGGCCGACCACAACCUGCGCAUCCUGGGACUCCUCCACUUCGAUGCCGGGAUGUUCCAGUGCGUGGGCACCAAUGCCGCUGGCAGUGUCCAGGCAGCGGCCCGGCUACGCGUCGUCCCACCAGGAGGCCAGUCCACCAAGUCCCUGCAGACCUCCGGCAGUCCAGUGAAACGACGACGACCGUACAGCUCGGGAGAGCAGCAGCCGCUGCGCACCAAAUCGGGGGCCAGCCUGUGCUCGACCGAGGACUUGGACGAGGACGAGGACGGGGACGACGACGCCCAGGACAGUGGGACGACCACGCGGCUCCUGUACUCCAAGACCCUGCUGGACAGCCUGCAGCACUCGGGGAAGGCCUCACGGCCCGAGCAGCCGCUCAACGAUCGCAACUUUGGGCGGAACGAGGCCAGCGCCCUGCGGCGGGAGAGCAGUGCUGGGGACAGGGGCAACAGCAACAAUGACAACGACCAAGACGACGACGAUGACGACGAGUACGACGAUGACGAGACGAAGGAGGCACUGAUCGCUGCCUACAAGCACGGCGAUGAUCCCCAGAAAAUACUGCCCUCCUGGCAGAGCAACAAGCACAAGAAAUCCCAGCCACAGCAACAACAGAGCGUCCCCUCAGAUUCAAGCGAGCAGGAAGCGAGCGCCAAUGCCGCCGCCGGGAGUGGAGUGCCACUGAAAAGUCUGGGCAGCGGACUCCUGGCCCGUCUGCCCAGCCAGCCCCGCGACCUGGCGGCUCAGAUAGUCAAGCCGCGGUUCGUCACCCUCAGCUGGGCGGAGCCCCUGCAGAAUGCCGGUGAAGUGGUCUACUACACGGUCUACUACAAGAUGAACAACAGCGAGAGGGAGCAGAAAAUGGUGACCAACUCGCACGACGACCUGCAGGUGAACAUCCAAUCGCUGCUGCCGGGCAGGACGUACCAGUUCCGUGUGGUGGCCAGCACGAACUUCGGCAGCGGCGAGUCCUCUGCCCCGCUGGAGGUCAGCACCCAGCCGGAGGUGAACAUAGCCGGACCGCCGCGGGCCUUUGAGGGCCAUGCGCGCAGUCACAGCGAGAUCUACGUGCGCGGGGAGGAGCCGGCAGUGACCAACGGAGAGAUCCUCAAGUCUCGCGUCUACUACUCGGAGAACGAAAGCGGAGCUGAUUUGUACCACGAUAGCACCGCCAUGGAGGCACUGCUCACCGAGCUGCGUGCCUACACGGACUACGUGAUCAGUGUGGUGCCCUUCAAUCGGAACGGCAUGGGCGGUCCCUCGGCCGAGAUCAAGGUGAAGACGUUCUCCUCAACGCCGUCGGAGCCGCCCAACAAUGUCCCCCUGGAGGUGACCAGUUCCAGCGUGAGUAUACCCUUUCGUCUCUUUGGGCAGUCUAUUACAGUUCACUGGGAGCCACCCGCCGAGGAGGAUCGCAAUGGCCAGAUAACAGGCUACAAGAUCCGGUAUCGCAAGUUCAAGGACGCGCCGCAGGUGAAGAGCACGCCGGCCAACAUACGCUACUUCGAGCUGAGCGGACUGGACCGCAUUGCCGAGUACCAGGUGAAGAUUGCGGCCAUGACGGUGAAUGGAUCCGGGCCGUUCACGGAGUGGUAUCGCGUCAAUACGCUGGAGAACGAUCUGGACGAGACGCAGGUGCCGGGCAAACCGAUUUGGAUCAAUAUACAUCCGGGAGCGGAGAACAUCGGCCUGCACUGGGGUCCGCCGCAGCAGCCGGAGAUCAAGAUACGCAACUACGUGCUGGGCUGGGGCCGAGGCAUACCCGACGAGAACACCAUCGAGCUGAAGGAGACCGAGCGCUACCACGUGCUCAAAAACCUCGAGUCGAACACGGAGUAUGUGGUCUCGCUGAGGGCGCGCAAUGUGAUGGGCGAUGGCCCGCCGAUCUACGACAACAUCAAGACCCGCGACGAGGAGCCCAUCGACGUGCCGGUGCCGCUGGAGGUGCCCGUGGGCCUGAGGGCCAUCACCAUGUCGAGCUCCUCGAUCGUUGUCUACUGGAUCGACACGAUGCUGAGCAAGAACCAGCACGUGACCGACAACCGCCACUACACGGUCAGCUACGGCAUCACAGGAUUCAGUUGCUAUCGCUACCACAACACCACCGAUCUCAACUGCAUGAUCAAAGACCUGCGGCCGAGGACACAGUACGAGUUCGCCGUAAAGGUGGUGAAGGGGCGCCGCGAGUCCGCCUGGUCCAUGUCGGUGCUGAACAGCACCUACCAGAAUGUGCCAGUGACGCCGCCGCGGGAGGUAACUGUGCGCCUGGACGAGGAGAAUCCCCCGGUGAUCAUCCAGUGGAUGCCGCCGAAGCACACGGUGGGCCAGAUCACCGGCUACAACAUCUACUACACGACGGACACCACGAAGCGCGACUGGUCCAUUGAGGCCUUCACCGGCGAGGAGACCAUGCUGAUGCUGUCCAACCUGAAGCCCUACACCACCUACUACUUCAAGGUGCAGGCGCGCACCACCAAGCAGCAGGGCAACAACAAUGCCCCCUUCUCCGCUCUGGUGUCCUACACGACCACGGCUGCGGUGAUCAUGCAGGAGGCGGACACCAUUGCCAAGGGCAUCGACAACGAGCAGCUGCUGUACAUCAUCGGAGCCACGGUCGUGGUGCUGCUGGUUGUCCUCUUUGCCAUUCUAUUUCUCUGCCGCAGCAAGCCCCAAUCGUCACCGGAGCAUACGAAAAAGAGCUAUCAAAAGAACAACGUGGGAGUGCCGAAGCCCCCAGAUCUAUGGAUCCAUCACGAACAGAUGGAGCUGAAGAACAUUGACAAGGGUCUGCACACGGUCACGCCCGUUUGCAGCGAUGGGGCCUCCAGUAGUGGGGCCCUGACCCUGCCCCGCUCGGUGGUCCACAGCAAGUACGAGGUGGAGACGCCUGGCGGAGUGCCUGGGCAUGUGACCAACUCGCUGGACAAGCGCUCCUACGUGCCCGGCUACAUGACCACUUCGAUGAACUCUACGAUGGAGCGCCCGCAGUAUCCGGGCUAGCUGGCCCAAACGCCCGAGCACCGCUACGGGGGCUACGAUGCCAGCUUCUGCAAUGCCGGCAAUGGAGCCGCUGGCAAUGGCUGUGUGUCCACCAUCGAGAGUGCCAAGCGCGGGCAUCCGCUCAAGAGUUUCAGCGUUCCAGGGCCACCGCCCACUGGGGGAGCCACGCCCAUUAACAAGCACACUCCUGCCAUAACAAUACGUCCACAGAACCAGUCGCCCUACAAGAAGCCAUCGUUCCCGGCCGCCACGCCAAAUCGCUUGCAGGGCGGCGGGUCGGUGGCACACUCGACCGUCGAGAUCCAGAGACUGGCACCGAGCACAUCCACAGAGGAGCUCAACCAGAAGAUGGCCAAUCUGGAGGGUCUCAUGAAGGAUCUGAGCGCCAUCACGGCCAACGAGUUCGAGUGUUAACAGUGAAGCGGCACCUGCAAAUGAAUGAACGAUCGAAUUACGAGAACUGUAAAUACGAACGACGCCGCCAUAUACAUAUUUAAGCCUAGAUACACACAUCCA